AUGUAUCAGAAGGAAGCUCCUACGUUCACCGCUCUUUCCCGCUUGAUCACGGACUCGGCGAACACUCUCCAGCACCUCCUCACUCAGUACAACCUCCCACCUCCUUCCGUCUCCCCUACUGGCCGCAAGGACUGGUCCGAUGCUGCAGCCCACCCAGACAUUCUCUCUGCUCGUUCUGACCUCAUUGACCGCACCCAAGAACUUCUCAACCUCGUCCGCGGACCCGUCGAGACCCUAGCUGCCUACUCAGGCUCCAUGCUCUCCGAGAUCGAUGUCCUGCGCACCCUCAACCUCCUCAAGGUCCACGAGGCCGUACCACUAGACGGAAGCCUCAGCAUCUCGGACCUUGCCGCAAAGAUUGGCGUCAGGGACGAGCGAUCCUUGGUCAAGCAGCUGCGAUUCGCAUACCUCAUGGGUCUGUUCCGGCAGACCGACAAUGGACAAGUGGCACACACAGCACUCAGCGCUGCGCUCCCAGAAUCGAGUGCUUGGAUCGAGUGGAGGACAGGCAAACUGGCAAGCCAGGGAGCACACGAAGUAGCAAAGGCCAUCCUCCUCCGCCCUCAAUCCGUCGAGCAAGAAGAGGUGGUGGCCCCAUGCGCCCUCGCGGACCCGCUUGGAAAGAAUAGGGCGUUCUGGGUGCAGAUUGAAGACGCCAAAGGGGCAGCGCCUGGGCAAGAGACAGAAACGGAGUUGUACAGCAGAGCGAUGAGGGGGCUCCUGUUACACCAGAAUUCUGGUGGGGCGGCAGCAACCUAUCUCCAAGGGCUUGACUGGGAUUCCCUAAAGGGAGGAACAAUUGUGGAUGUGGGUGGUGGUAAUGGGCACGUUGUGGUAGAGCUUGCGCCUUGGGUACAUGGUAUGUCAUUUGUUGUCCAGGAUCGGCCGCAGAACGAGAAGCCCGCGAGAGAAUUGAUUGAGGCUCACAGGCUAGCUGAUCGUAUCCGGUUCCAGGCUCAUGACUUCCUCACGCCGCAGCCUGAGCUUCCAGAUGGUAAGGCCCCCGUCGCGUACCUCCUUGUUCGGGUGCUACAGGACUGGUCAGAUGCAGGGAGCGUUCGUAUCCUGAAGCCCCUGAUCAUUGGCAGGCUCCUUCCCGAUGGGUUUGAUGAGAUGUCCGUCCACGAGGAGAAGAAUCUGCGCAACAUGGAUCUUCUAGGAUUCAAUCUGCAUGGAGGUGGUGAUAGAAGCGAGAGGGAAUUGAAGAGUCUUUUGGGAAUGGUGGACACAAGACUUAGGAUCAACAAGAUCUCCAGGCCACCUCAGUCAGUACUGUCGUUUGUCGAGGUUGUAUUGGAUGUUUAA